AUGCCUGCACCAGCUGAAGUCCAAGCGGCAACCCUGGAGAGAUUUAUCCAAGGAUGGGCCGGAUGGACCCCAGACGGUUUUCUCGCCAACUGGUCCGAAGAUUGCACGCAGAAAACACUGCCUUUCAACUCACAGGUGCCAGUCCGCACCCGCUCAGACACUGAGCAGCUUUUUCCGGUUCUCAUGUCCCUAAUGACCAAUUUCACCCUGGAUAUCCAUAACGUUGUCCAUGACGCACCGCAGGGCAAGGCCGUCAUUUACGCCCUCACCAAGGCGGACACACCAUUUGGGCCGUAUAGGAAUGAGCAUGCGCUCUUUUUAUGGUUCAAUGAAAUCGGCGACCGGGUGCAGAAGAUUGAAGAGAUGUUCGAUGCGGUUGUAAUGAAGGAGUUUCUACCAAAACUGGACAAGUAUGUGGCUGAGAACAAAAUGCAGCUGGGAGCGAAGUUUAGUUAG